GGUGGAUAGUUUGUCGCUAGAGUCCAAAAUGUAUUCGUUACAUACGUAUUUUAAAGGGGUACUCGGUGUAAAAGCCACGUUCCCAAGGCACCCUGAACGCAGCAUACGGGAUGUGAUGGGUAAACCAAAACUUCUUUGUUUUAAGUUCAUGCUAACAGGUGAGAAAAGUCCGAGCGGCACUAUUAACAUGUAAAGACACGUAACGACAAGAAAUACUUUAUAAGUGUAAGUAAUACGAGCGAAGCAGCUACCUGUAGAGUAAACGGACUGAGCGAGGAGAGAGAAAGCAACAUGUCGGAAUAUUGUUCGAAUUAUCGGGAUAAGGCAGCAGCUAAGUACCCUGGGUUGAUCAACCUUGGGUCAACCUGUUACCUGAACAGCGUCCUGCAGGUUCUGUUCAUGACCAAAGAGUUCAGAGAUGCUGUGAUCAGGUUUGUGGAGGAGAAUCCUGACACUGAUUUUAUCGAUCGUCAUCUCAAAGAUUUGUUUGACGACUUACAGAAAUGUGAUGCGUACACAUAUAAAAUCAUAAAGACCCUGGGCAUCGACAGAGUCUAUGAACAACAGGAUGCUGCAAAGUACUUUGAGAAGAUUUUACGGUUAACUUGUCCCGACACGGCAAAGGUCUUCCGCGGUGAGAUGACACACAGAACCACCUGUUCUGAAUGUGAGACUCAGAACGACACAGAUGGACCUUUCUGGUAUCUUCCUCUUGAGCUGGUAGAUUCCUCCAGUGGGAACUACAGCGUGGAAGACGGCAUUCAAACAUAUUUCAGCCCCACGUUAUUUACUGGAGACAACCAGAUGUACUGUGACACCUGUGAUACCAAAGGUGAUGCUUCUAGUAGAUAUUUCAUAAAGGAUCAUCCAGAUGUUCUGAUUCUGCUGCUGAAGAGGUUUGACUUCAGCUAUAAAGACAUGUCAUAUGUUAAAAUCAACCGUGCUGUUGAUGUUCCCUACACCCUGACAGUACCAGAGAAACAGGUCUAUGAACUUUAUGCAUUUGUGGAUCAUUGUGGUGAUCUGAGAAGUGGACACUACAACGCUACAAUCAAACCUCAGGAUGAAGAAGAGACUUGGUACAGCUUUGACGACACCAGAGUCUCACGGCUUGACAGAAGUCCAUUCCCGGAAAGUGUGAACGUUGCAAGGUUCAGUCGGGCCUAUCUUCUUUUUUACAAAAAGACUGGAACUCAAGACGUCUGCAACAAAGUUGACCCAACUGCUGCCAGUGAAACCCCAGAUCAGAUCUCAAGCACUGACGAUGAUUUGAACAAGGAGGAGAGAGACAACGAACCUGGUGAAGCACCGAAGAGAUCAAGAGAGGAAGACGACUGCGAGCAAACAGGAAAAAAGAAGAAAAGGAGAGAAUGUGAAAAUCCUCACUUGUGUCCUGCAGACAUGAAAGUGAAAGGCAACGAUACUGAUGAGCAGGAGGGAAACAGAAAUCCAUCCUCUAGCAGAGAUCAGUGUGAAAUAACAGAUGCUGAACUGUCAGAUCCACCUGAUCCGAGUGUAGACUGCCACCCUGAGAACAAAGAGCCAGCUAAGAGGGAAGCAAAUGAAUUUGAUGCCAACCAAGAUUUCAAACCUGGAGACAGAAAAAUAUCAGGUGGGCCUGCUGGACCCAACAGCCAAGGUGAGAUGAGUCAAUUUAAAAGUAAAUCAACAAAUGAAUCAGAAGGGACUCAACGAGCAGAAAAUAAAGUCAGUCAUGAGACAGGACACUCUGACAGUGAAGUAAACGUGUCACAUGCUGAUGACCAGGAAGAAAAGAGCCAUCUGUCUUCUACUAAAGAUCUAUUUGAGUCUACAAACACGACACCAAGUGGUUUUAGAUGUGAAGAGAGUGGAAUGUUAGAUGUACUUGCUGUAAACAAAGAUGAGACAAGAAUCCCAGACAAACCUGCAGAGGACAAGGAUGAAGACUCUAAAGAAGAUCAGACUGAAGUUUGGGAUCAUGGAAAAGCCAAACAAACUGAGGAUGGCAAAAUGGGACCAGAUGUUGAUCCUGAUUUUAAUGUAGAGAACAUGUUGCCAUUGCCUUCUGCCCAUGACACGAAACAGGAGAUAUUUCAUGGCCAGAAUCUGUUAGAUGAAGAACAGAAAGUCAAACACAAGAUGAAUAGAUCUGACAGUCAUUUGCAGGACACACCACCACACCAUGAAAACCUUGGUCCAGUGGAAGAACACAGAAGUUUGCCUUCUGCCGACCAUGAGACUGAGGGCAACGGUUUUGAAAACAAUAAACAGACAGAGAAUAAAGAGGUGGAAGCAGAUAAAAGUCCUGAUUUUAAACACGUAGACGAUGAAACAGCUUCUGCACCUGAUGGGCCAGAGAGACAACAGGACAUGGUACAUACACAGGACAACCUAAUGGACACAAUGGCACAAAGAAACAUAAAAAACCAAGAGUGGGAUCACUUCCAUAUUCCAGAUAUGGCUGUGGAGGAUGCAGGCACAGAUGACCUUGAAAAAGGCAUAAAUGUGUUCUCUAGUGGGCAUCAGACCAAAGUGAAGGUUGAUGAAGGGGCAAACCAAUCUGAGGUUGAUCCAAUGACAUUAAGAGACAAACAGAAUCAGACAGAGGACACAGAUGGUCUGACAGGUCAUGAGAGCCAAGCAGGGCUUAACGAUACAGAGAGGACAGCAAUGCCUGCAACAGGUGAUGAUAUCCAGAACAAAAUGGAAGGAGAACAUCAGGCAACAAGCUCUGCAUGUUGUUCAGAAGGACUGUUAAUGCUGAAGGACGAUGAAGGAAACAGAAUCAUUCUCCCUAGUGAUGAUCAGAGGAAAGUCGGGGAUCCUGAGAAAGCAGAACCACCUGAGACAGAAGAGAUCAAACUAGACGUUCAGCAAGACUCUCACAGAGUUGAACAAGACAAGAUAUCAGUGGAUAAAACCGGUGAUGAGCUGAUAAAUCACAACAAUAUUAACAACAACCAGAAUCAGACAAACACUAACCAAGAAGAAAACACAAGUCUGCCCUCUGCUGGAGACCUGAAUGAAGUGAAGCAUCCUGAAUACGCAGAAAUAGCCCAGGCUGAUCAGACCACACUAGAUCCUAUCGUCAGUAAAGAGUCACUUUUAACGGCUCCAGCUAACAGACAAGAUAAGUCGAGUGAUGCACAGGAGAAAGUAUUAAAAGAAAAGACUGAAGAAGAUGAACAGACAGAAAAGGAGGAAAAACAGGAGACUGAUCAUUUCAGUCCACAGAACGUUACCAAUAACACUGCAGAUGCUAAAAACCAGGAAGGGCUAGAAAACGCAGAAGCUGCCAUUAAUCAGGAAUCUAAAUCUGGAGGCAGUGAAACUAUUGUUGGAUCUGUUGCUCUUCACAGUCUGCAUGACGUGAGCGAUGUUCACAGGUUCGUGGAUGGAGAGAAAGAUGAGAAUGUGCAGACAGAAACCGGUUUAAAAGAGGACGCAGAAGACAGGACAAUGACAAAUGCAGAUAAUGAAUACAAAGAAGACAAAAAUAUGUCCUCCGGUGACAAUCAGAAAAACAUUGUAGAUCCUAAAAAGUCUCCUCCACCUGUAUUGGAUCAGGUCACACCAGACACAAAGCAUGACUCUAAACCUGUGGACGGUGAAAUGUCUCCUCUACCUGCUGCAGGUGGCACGCAAGAACAGCUGAGGGAGGCAGAAAUGACUGUAAAUGUAGACGACAGCCAACAGAUGGAGGAGGAGGGAGAACAGGAUGCAGGAAUGUCCAAGAACUCACAAGAAGUGAUAAAGAAAGACAAGGACACUGAAGAUCAGGUAGAAAUAAGAAGUCUGUCCUCUUUUGAAGAUCAGAGAGAAGUCGGAGAUGAUGAAGACAAAGAAUCAACUGAGAGUGAAGAGAGAAAACCUGAUGCCGACCAAGGUUUUAAACCUGGAGAUGGAGAAAUAUUAGGUGGACCUGCUGGACAUGAGAGACAAGGUGAGCUGAGUGAGGCACAGGCAUGGACGUUAACAGACAAGAAGACGGAUGAGAAGGAACAUGAAAAAGUAAAACGCGAGACAGAAAACCCUUACAGAAAGACAGAAGACACAGCAGUGAAGGAUGGAGAUCCUCCUAACCAGGAAGAAAACCAUCAGCUCCCCUCUAAUAGAGACAUUGAGCCUCAGAACAAGGAACCAGCUACGUUUGAGGAGAUGAAAACAAACCGUGAACAGUUUAGUCCAACUGCUGGCCCUGACAGCGAAAGUGAGACAAUCCAUUUAAAAAGUAAAUCAACAAAUGAAAAGUCAGAAGAGACUCAAGAGGCAGAAAAUAAAGUCCAACAUGAGACAGGAAUCUCUGACAGUCACGUAGAAAACAUGGCAGAUGCUGAUGACCAGGAAGGAAAGGCCAAUCUGCCUGAAGAUCCGUCUGAAGUGAAAGAUUGUGGUACAGACCAAAACCCCGAGCUUACUAAAACAAGUCAAGGUGGUUUUCGACCUGAAGAGAGUGAGUUGUUCAUUUUACCUACUGCAGACAAAGAUGAGACCAGUAGUCCAGACAUGUCGGCAGAGGACAUCCCAUCAAAGGAGGAAGAUUUGAAAACAGACAGUAAUUCACUCUCUAACGGAAAUCAGAGUAAAGUUGUGGAUCAUGAAACGACCAAAGAAGCUGAAGGUGACCAAAUGAGACCAGAUGUUUCUCCUGUUGAACACAAAAUGUCACUAAUGACUGCUGGCCGUGACAUCAAACAGGACGCUGUUGAUGGACAAAAUCUGUACGAUGGAGAAAAGAGAAACCAUGGGACAGAAAAAUCUGACAGUCAUUUGCAGGACAUGACAUCACAGGGUGAAAAAACUGGUGACCACGUAGAAAACAGCAGUCUGUCCUCUUCUGAGGAUAAGAAUGAGAUCCAAGAUGUAAGGAAAGGUGUGUCCGCUGGACCUUUAAAUGAUGCAGAGAGGACAGUAACUGAUGCAACAGAUGAAGGUAAAGAGAUCAUAAAGGAGGAAGAACAUCAGACAAGAAGCUUUCCAAGUCAUUCAGAAGAAAAGGAUGAUGACCAUGAAGGUAACCGUGAUGAUCAGAGUGAAGUCAGUGAUGCUACAGAAGCAGAACCACCAGAGACAGAAGAGAUCAAACUAGAAACGAGAGAAAAACAAAACUCUGACAGAGCUGAAGAAGACAAAACAUUACAGGAUAAAGUCACUGCUGAGCUGUUCAAUUACAAUAAUAACAGUUAUGAAGAUCAGACUGAAUCAGGGGAAAAGGCCAAAGAGGUUGAAAAAACCAGACCAAACACUAGCCAAGAAGAAUGUGUAAGUCUGUCCUCUACUGGGGACCAGAAUGAAGUGAAGCAUCCUGAAUCAGAAACACCUCCGGGUGAUCAGACCUCAUUAAAUGUGAAACAAGAAACCUCUGACAGGACGAUGAAGGACACUGAUGAUGACCACAAAGAAGACAAAACUAUGCCCUCUAGUGAUGAUGAUCCGAAUGAAGUGAAGGAUGCUGGGAAGUCUGAUCUGCCUGAAAUGGAUCAGGUGACUCCAGAUGUGAAAUGUGAUGGUAAACCUGUGGACAGUGAGAUGUUUCCUCUACCUCUACAAGACGAGCUGAGUGAUGUCAACUCAGCAACAGACAAGAAUAAAACAAAGAAAGACGACUAUGACCAUCAGUCUCUGGACAUGACAUCACAGGACACUGAUGACCCGGGAGAGGACAUAAAGCUGCUUUCUGCUGAUGAUCGGAAUAAAGUCAAGGAUUCUGAAAACCAAGAACCAACUGAGAGUGAAGAUUUUAGGUCAGAUCUGAAUCAAGAUUGUAAACCUGGAGAAAGUGAAACAUCAGUUAAACCUGCAGGACACGAGGGGCGAGAUGUAUGCAUGGUAGCCAUAGAUGUGAGAGAAGAUGAGACAGAAAUGUCCGACAGUCAUUCAAUCCACAUGACGUCACAGCAUCAACACACUGACCUGGAAGAUCAGAAUCAGACCAGAGGUCCUGAAAAGGAAGAGCUAGUUGAGUUAGUAGAGGUGAGAGAUGAGUGUACAUCUAUAGGCAGUGAAAGGUCAGCUGGACUUGCAGCGUUCUACCAAAACCCCAAGAGUGUUGAGGAAGAGAAGUCAGGAAAUGUCACCAACAAAGAGACCCAAAGGUCAGCCAACAGAUCCAAACAUAAAGAUGUGAGAGUGGUGGUUGGGAACCAGGAAGAAAGCAGAACUCUGCUUCCGGCUGAAGUUCCUGAAAACGCAUCUCAGCCUGAGGUAGAAUCAUCAUGGGACCGACACAAAUAUCGCUACUUUAUAGGAAUAGGACUAGUGUCUUUCUUGCUGUUGUGUUUCAUUGGAGCUGCUUUGUUUGAGCUCUUCAGAGGGGAAUAUUAGGUUAGACUCCAUAACUUUGGUGUCAUUUUUUUUUACCUGUUUUUUGGGUGAUUGUGUUUAUUUUUGUUAAAUGUGAUUCAUCUGUUGUUUUUAUUGUACUCAUCUCCACCACAGGUCGGCUAAUCAUUUUAACAAGUAAAAAAAACAUGGUCACGAUCAAUUUUGUUACACGCCUCACCCCUGCCACGUGGACCUCAAGGGAUAAACCAUCAACCCUGCUCAAUGGUCAACUUUCCUCGCGGGGUCACCCAUAAAGACAGUGGGAGAGUUAAAAAAAAUAAACAUCCAAUACCAUUAAUUUUCAUUCAUUUGUAAAUCAUGUUUAGUGUAAAUAAGCUGACCAGAGUGCUCCUGUAACAUAUUAUUGUGACUAUUAAACAUUUUCACUUGAAGUAGGAACAUUUCACCUGCUGUGGCCCAAACACACAGUCUCUCUCACCUUCCUCCUGCUCCGCAUACACCUGAACCAUGCUCCUGCUGAAUGAAAUGUCUCUAGGUGGUUUACUGAAGAGGAUGUAGUCGAGCUUCUGUUGCCUCAGACAGACUCGUGGCUGUUUUAAUGUUGUGGAGGCUGAAUCUGUGCUGUAGACUGGAACAAGCACCAUUUCACCCAUUGUUUUAAAAUCAGGGAACCUUUCUCCAAAUGAAUUACCUAGAAGUCAGCAAGACUGUCUGAAUGAAGGGUUUCCAGACCCGUGUAGCAUCAUGAAAUGUCCUAUUUUUGACCUAAAGGUCAUGAUCUGCUGCGUCUGCUCGAGUGGAGACAAAGUCUCUGACAGCCUAAUCUACACGAGAUAGUGGCCAAGGUCUUUCAUGCACUCUGCUCAUCUGAACUGCUUCACCUGUUACAGCUCAAUACGAAGAUGGAGAACUCUUUUGAUAAACACAUAAUCAACAACUUUGUUAUUACCAAUAAUAAUGUGAGCCCAAUGUUCAAUCAAUCUGUGAAAUGACAAUGUUAUUACUUGAUAUUAUAAUCCUGGACAUUUGCACUAGACACUAAGGACACGUAAUGCUAAAGUCACACGACACAUUUCCUUUUGUCUGAUCCAAUCAGAACCUUUGUUUCUGGCUAAGCAUGGUUAUCUGUGGUGUUUGUAUAAACCCUCUUUUGCAUGUCAAAUUCUGAUUCACCAGUAAACCAAAAUAUGACAAUUAUAAAAACUAUCCCACGCCACCUUUUCUUUAGUUAAAGCGUUCUAGAAAAGUCUCGGACAGGCCAUCCGGACUUCCUCUUCAGCCAAAAGAACCUCGACAAACUGGAUAAAAUCUGUUGCAAGUUACACCUGACCGCAACGGUUCCUUCAGAAUAAAAGCUGAACCUCACGACCCCUUCAAGGUCUCGCUGACACCAGUGAUAACCUGUCGUGACCUCGGAGCAUUCUGAGACUAGACUGGUCGGCACCGCUGCUUUUCUACCGGCUUCGGUACCAAGGAGGAUCCACAGACCUCGACAUUCUGGAUCUAAUCGGAGGCUUCCCCUGGGGUACGUAGACCGACAGAUGGUGUUUCAUGUGUGUUAUAAAUCUCCUACUAAAGUUUAGAGCGAAACAUUCACUCCCACUCAGAACUAAAUGCUUCUCCGGUUCCGCUGGUUCUGAUGACAACAUUCCACACACACACACCAUCAUCAUUUCACGUCUCACUCCACCUUAGUGAUUGGGGUCUUGUUUCAUCACACACGGUGAAUUUUUAAUAGUUUAGAUUAGUGUCAUGUUUCCUGUUUGUAGUUCCUCUUGUUAGGUGUCAAGUUAUUUCAAUUAUUCAUUUUUGUAAUAAAUAUUUGGACUUACA